AUGUUGAGGACAAAAGUGUUUGCAACUACUGUUGCUCGAAUAUCUGGGAUUCGCAGGUAUAUUCCCAUCAGAACUAUAAACACGGUGACGAAAAAGAAUAUUAGUAAGAUAGAAAAACUGUGUGAAGUCCUUGAAGUUAAUCCUGACGGAUAUAAAGGAAAGGAACGCAUACCGACUAAAGAACUAACUAAACUGCUAUAUACCACAAGCAGGAAUAUGUUGGUACGAGUACCAAUGACUGGAGACUUGAGCACAGGAAAUACAUUUGAAACAAGAAACGAAACUUUACAAAAAUUGGGUGAACAGCUCAUUCACUUGGAAAUUAAUAAGAUGCUUACAAUAACAUUUACGAAUUUCAAUCAGUUUAAUAUAAUGAACAAAAACUUCAAUUACAUUCAUAACUUAGAUCGAGCUCGAGUAGUGAACAUGGACUCGAUAAGCUGGCUUAUCAAGAAUUCGUUGAAAAUUAACCAAUUAGCUCAUUUGCGAAUACCUGCCAAUUUGCCGAAGGAAAUGGGAUUAACUUCCAGCUCUAAUGAUUUUCAGAACUUGAACGAUUGGAAAGUGAUCUUAUCCUUUAUUGGUUACCUGAAAUUACUCGAAAUUAAAAACGAUAACAAAAAAUUCAUUGAAUCAAUUAUAAAAACUAUAUGCAUACCUCUAAUUAAUUACCAUUUGCGUAAAUCAUAG